AACAUAAAAUUUGUAUGCAAUACUUCGUUUAUUUAUAAAAUAUAUCAUUUGUGGAAUAUUUUAAAGUAAAAAUCUUGGCAAUCGAAGAAGGAUUAUUGUGGAAAACUAAAGUUUUCAAUUUCACAAAGGCGGACGCUAAGAGGCAAAGAAUAACGCGAAUAAGAGAAACAGUGUUUUUUUCAUUGUUUACUUUGUGUUCUAAAUUCGUUGCUGGUAGUAUUGUCUUUCCACAAUAAUAUAUAAGGCCAGCAUACCGGGUGCACUUAAUUUUAGAUGACAAUAACCAUAAAAUAAUGGCGUGUUUAUUCCAUUAGACUUACAAAAUCGAGAACAAGUAAAUAACCAUAUAAGAAAAUGUCUAGUUCGGUGUUCAUUGAAAGCAGUUCACAAGCUGUGGAUAGCAGUGAUUUUGCUAGCACUUCGGACUCAAAUUUGGUGGUGGUAUAUGGCAAGAAUGGAAUAAGUUUCGACGACAAGGGCUUGGAAAAUCUCAUUGAGGAAAAAAAGAUUUCAUCAAUAAGUGUUAUACGCUUGACUUCACCUACGCCUAGCAUGCAAGAUGAGGAAGAUGAAGCCGAAAAAUUGGAAGAAAUGCUGAGAAGGCAAGAAAUUGGAUCGGCCGAGGAUAGUUUUAGCUCUGUGGACGAGGGUAACAGUUCUUCUGGGGACGAUAAAAAUGAUACUGCUGGUAAUUGUGAUUCCUCAAAUGACGAUGAAAAUGAGGACAGAAAAGCAUUUAAAGAUUCUGAUGUGUCGAGCGAAGAAAAUAAAUCGAAACAAAGAAAACUACCACGACGUCGUGGCCGUCAACCAAAUUUGGUUAAACCGAAAAAAACAUUUCGUAGACGUAGAAGGGAACGUCCUGAAAUUGUGGGUUUGCGUUUAGAAGAAUUUUAUCCACCAGAUGAUGCCAAUGAAAUUAUCAAAGAAGCUUUGAAAAUGGCAGGCUUGGAAUCGGAAUCAGAAAAGAAACGCAAAAGUGAUUAUGAAUUCCAACUAUUUGUUAUACAAAACGAUCAUUGUUACACACCAUUUACAUCUCCUACACAAAUGAAAGCAAAACUAGCUGCUGAUAAACUGGAAGCCGAAAAACAAGCUGCCAGUCGCAAACUCAGUGUUUUGCAGCCCACGGUGGGUAAACAAUUAUUUGUGCGAAAAAAAUUACAACAAAAUAUUCAACCGAAAUCAGAUAAUUCACUAAAAUCAAACAUUUCGCAAACCAUCUUUACGAAAGACAAAAGUUUGCCUGUUACUCAUAAAGUUAAAAAAGAUACAAAGGAUAAAAAGGGAAUUCCGGAUGAAGAUUUUCUUGACGACGAUGAUGAUAUACAUUCAUCGUUCGAUGAAAAUGACGAUGAUGCACAAGGCGACGAUGAAAGUGAUUUAAGUGGAUCAGAUCAAUCCGCAGAAACUGAUAAUGAUCGUGAUAGCGAUUUAGAUUUUGAUGUGAAUAAUCCCAAAGGACGUAAACGUAAAGCAAAACUCCUAAAAACUCAUAAGCGUUCUUUAAGUGCUGGUAAAGUAAAUCUAAAAUCAAGACGAUAUUGCAGUCAAGAUGAGCCCAUAGAAUUACCGAACAAAACAAAUAUUACUUCGAACCUUCCUACCUGCAGUCCGUCAAGUUUAAUGCAGCGACCGAAAUCAAUAGUAAAAAUUAUAUCUGAUCCUGGUCGUAUUACAGUUCGUUCUACACCAUCAAAUGUUGUACACUUGUUGGGACCAACAAAUGUUUUAUCUCCUGCUAUAGCAGCACUGCCUCCUAUUCCCAAAAAACAAAAUGAAAAUAAAUCUCUCUUGAAUAAAACAGCUUGUGGCCCAACUUCAAUAACGUUGUCACCAAAAACAUAUGUUCUUCUCAAGGGUCCGAUAGAACAAAAAAGCGCUGUUCAACCAUCACCCCAAACGCAUAAGGAAAUCGUCAUAAAUAAGCAGGUUAUGUCGAGUCCCAAAACCAAAGGAUUUACAGAUCUAACUACUCUAAUAGAACAAACGGAAAAUCAGGCUCCAAUUAAAGUUGUUGCUCCACCAAUAACACCAAAAUCAUCACAUACUGCAACCAUAACAUCUGUAGUAACGUUAACACCAACAUCCACGGCGGCAUUAAAAGGAUUUAUGUCCAUUGAAACGGCUGCAAGAAAUCAAUUACCAGCACAAAUAUCUAUACAAACGCACCAAAGCUCGUCCGAAUUAGAAGCUGAGCAUGACAAACAAUUGGAUCUUAUCAAUUCUAUUGUGCAGGAUGAAAUGAAAAAAUCAAAUGAAAAAGCUGACGAUCAAAUAACAAAUAUUAACGAGAACAUACCAGAAUUGGUAAAGAUGCUUGAGAGUACGGAAAAAGUUUUAGUUAACACCAAUACACAGGGUCGCAUUGUAACGGAAACACAACAAAACAUAAAUCAGAUGACCGGUGGCUGUGCCAGUAUUAUUACUGUUAACAAACAUAUACCAGGCAAUCAAAACAUUCAUUUGCCACAUACAACUGUUACACCAUCAGUAUCAACAAACAAUCUGGUUGGUGGCAUUGAUAUAACAAGUGCAUCUCUUCUGGCCACGCCGGAAGGGGAUGGUGAUGAUACCGAUGAUUUACCAGAUGAUAUACUGCAACAAGUGGUGGAACUUAUAAAAGAUGAUAAAACUCUUCAAGAAGCCGUUGAAAAGCAAGUAUUUGGUACGGGUGUAUGUAGCGAUCAAGGAAUUGGUAGUAAUAUGUUAGUAAAUCAAAAUCCGCCUCCACUUGCACCGAUCUCACAGCCACCCGUCAGGAUACAGGAAAUUCCUCAAACUUCAUCUAAGAGCAUUAUACAAAUGGCUAUUUCAAAUGUGCCAACAACUUUGGCAUCCCCAUUGCAAACAAAGCCAACCCCUGUUAUUACAACUCGUACCACAAUAAUAACUCCAACAACAGUAACAGCAACUGGACAAGUUUCUAAAAUAUCGCCUUUGAUACGUAAAGAACCGAUUCAAAUCAUUAGAGGUAAUGGUCGAGUUAUCACAUUGCCACCCAUUGAGGCACCCACAACACGAGCCAAAAGACGUGCUCAAGCUCAACCAAAUCCUACCACAACCACUUCUAGUGUAGGUAAUACAUCUUUUGUUCCCACAGCUGCCUUGAGUGAAUCAUCGCUGGACAGUUCAAUGCAUUCGAACUCUUCCAUGACUGUGGCUAGUGGAAGUAGUGCUGUAACUGUCCAAGAAAAGAAAAUUUCAGAUGCUAAUAAUCGAAGACGUGGCUCUAAAGAAACAAUUAUUGCAGCGGCUGCUGCGUCCAACCAAAAGGCAACAAAAACUCAAAAAACGGCUGCCAAAAAAGGUGGAGGUAAAGCAAAUACCAGCAAAGCUAAAGUUGAGACUGAGGCAACAGAUUCAGAGGAAGACGACGAUGAUGAUCCUAAUAAACUUUGGUGUAUUUGUCGUCAACCACACAACAAUCGGUUUAUGAUUUGUUGUGAUGUUUGUGAAGACUGGUUUCAUGGAACAUGUGUUAGCAUUACUAAAGCUAUGGGCCUAGAAAUGGAACAGAAAGGUAUAGAUUGGACCUGCCCGAAAUGUAUAAAAAAACACGAAGAAAAGACACAGCCGAAAAUUACUGAAAUGCUUAUAAAGAAACCAACAGUAAUCGAAAAAUCAGAACCAUCUUUAACGCCUGUUCCAAUUUCAUCAACGAUGACGAGCACACCAUCAUUAAUUACUUCGGUUGCAACCGUACAAAAUACGCCCACAACAAAUGUUACAGCUAGCAGUAUAGACAUAUUAAAUAUCACACCGAAAAAGGAUUCUACUGUUCAAAACUUGGAAAUGACCCCCCAUUUAAAAUUACAAAGUGGACAAAUAAUAAAUUUAAAGGAUUACAGUACCACUAGUACCAAGAGGGCGACUAUCAUUCAAACCUCAACCUCAAAUACAAGUGGUGGUGCUAUAACUGCUGGCCAAAAGAAAUUGUAUGUGACAUCUGGGCAAGCCAACUUGAAAAUGUCUUCACAGCCAGGAACGCCAAUUAGGACAAUAACUGUGGUGAAACAUUUAUCAGCGCCGCAGCUGCAGCAACAUCAUAAUAUAAAAAUUAUAAAAACUAUUCCCCCUGCUACAACAACGGCGGCCCAUAGUUUUAACAUAAGUACAACAGCUGCAACUGCCACUCAUACGGCAUCAGUAUCGUCUACAUCAACUUCAACAGCGAGUUUAAGUGAAAGUUCUACUUUAUGUAUUGUCUGUAAAAAGAUUGCACGCACCAAUUCAAUUUACUGUAGCGAUGAUUGUAUUAGAAAACAUGCCCAAAAUGCCCUUAACACUAUAAUGAACAAAUCACAGUCGGACACAGGUGCUACAAGUAGUCCGCUAAAUAAAAGUGUUGCAGAAGACAAAACAAAAAGAAAAUCCAAGGGCUUAUUCGAAGAAUUACUUUCUGCAGCUGAUCGCAAACCCAAAGUGGAAAGAGUCAAUGUUUAUGAACGAAAAUCUGGACGAGUUAUUACUGGGAAUAGUGCUCCCACAGUAGCCAAUCUGAAGAAAUGGUUACAAGAUAAUCCCACUUUUGAAGUAAUACAACCAGGCAGUGCACAGGCUUUGGAGCUGGAGAAAAAACAAAAAUUACGUACACAACAUUCAUCAUCUCCAACCAUAUUUAAGUCUGCCACUUCCAGUCCACCACCACUGAAAAUGUUUUCUGUAACCAGUGGUGUUGCUACAAAUAAAAUGGACUCAAGUGUUGGCAGUUCACAAUCACAAGGACAUUCUCCCCAAAUACAGAUAAAGUCAAAUAAAAAUAUUACAGAUUUCUUGAAAAAUACAUCUUCGAAUAUAGCAAGUCCCCGCCCAACCACUCCAAAACAAUUGCUGAAAUAUCCACAGCAAGUUGGUAUAAAACCUGAUAAAGUACCCAAAACACCGGAGGAUUCAAAGAUGGCGUCUAAGGAGAAAACAUCAGCUACAAAACGCCAAACAAGUACUGAAACUAGUGGCAAGAGUUCUAGUAAUGAUGGAGAACCAAUACGAGGAGUUGUUCGAAGGACCCUUAAAGAACAAUUUUUAUUGCGCAUUAAAGAGGAGACAAGUUCAAGUUCCUCCACUGAAACAGACACAAAAGAUGAAACUUCCAAAGUAAAUAAUGUACACAAGUUGACAGAGGAGGAAAUCGAAGAGUUUGCCAAAUCAACAGAAAUCGAGAUGUAUCAUUAUUUUAAUAGAGACACGGGUACUAAAUAUAAAGCUAAAUAUCGUUCAUUAGUGUUUAAUAUUAAGGAUCGCAAGAAUCACACCUUAUUCGCAAAGAUUUGUGGAAAAUUAAUUGAACCGAAACAGCUGGUUCGUAUGUCACCCGAAGAAUUGGCAAGUCAGGAAUUGGCACAGUGGCGAGAACAAGAAAAUAAACAUCAGUUGGAAAUGAUUAAAAAGUCGGAACUUGAUUUACUUGCGUGUGCGAAGAACUAUGUUCUUAAGACACACAAGGGUGAAGAGGUAAUUGAAGGUAAAUCAUCCGAUUAUGCCAAUGUUGAUAUAACCAUACCGAUAGAAGAUGUCGUGUCAGCGCUAAAUAAAUCAGAUGUCCCAGAUGAUGCAGCUACUGCUCAAACACGCAAGGAAUCCCAAACACAUUGGCAAGAUGCUGAUUCCACAUUAUUUUCACAUUCACAUUUGUUGUCGCCAACAAUAACACAUUCGUUACACGAUGAAGAUAAAACAAAAUUAUCAAGCUCACACUUUAGAGAUAGAGAACGGGAAAAAGAAAAGGAAAGAGACAAGGAGAAAGACAGGACCAGAGGUCGUGAACGAGAUCGUGAAAAACGUCAUAAAAGCAAAGAUCGCCACCAUGACAAAUCUCGUUCGCGCAAAAGAAGUCGCAGUCACUCACGAAGUCGCAGUCGAGACAAAGGCGAAAAACGUCAUAAAAGUAGUCAUAAAGAUGAAAAACGAGAACGUGAAGAGCGUCUGCGUGGUGAUAAGGAACGUGUUAAAGAUCGCUCGGAACGUGAACAUCACAGUGAUGGAAUUGAGAAAAAGCCUUUAUCUGAAACAAAAAAAUCCAUCAGUUCACAGUCCAGACAGCCUGGUAAAAAGCAUUAUGAACAGCCUAAAGCUACAAUUAAUCCGUUAGAGACAUACAAUUUAAUUGAUCAGAUUCUGGAAUCCACAAAAACGGUAGAAGAAGCUGCUAAUAUAGUUUCGGAUAGAGACAAAGAAAAGGAAAGCGAUAGCUAUCGAAAAAGUGCUGUUACACCACAGCCAGUUCAACCUGCCACAUCUACUGUAUCAACUAGCAGCUCUGACUCGGCCAUUGUGGUUGAUAUACCGUCAAAUUUGACGUCAACAGAAAGUGACCAGGAGCCUUCAAGUACUGUUUCAAUACCAACACCACCACAUGAUCCCUAUUCGCGCUUUAUUGCUUGUUCAAGUCCAUCAUCGUCCUUUUCUAGUGAUCUUCAAUACACCAUCAUAUCAUUAUGGACUGGUAACAUAAACAUGGUCGAUGUUACCUCAUUCCAACUCAGCCUUCAACCCAUUGUCGGCAAUUCAACUGGCUUGGCAAAACUGUUACCCAAAGAACUUGAUGUAGUGGGACGUAUCGGUCCCGAAACUGUGUGGGAUUAUAUAUCGAAAAUUAAAAAAAGUCCAAAUAAGGAAAUUGUGGUUAUACGUUUAAUACCGGCCAGUGAAUCAGAAACAGUAGCCUACAAAAUACUCUAUGAGUAUUUAGAUAAUCGUAAUCGUUUAGGCGUCAUUAAAAGUACAUCAUCGCAGAUAAAGGAUUUUUACAUUUAUCCAUUAGGAGCAGGAAAAAAUGUACCCAACCUGUUGCAACCCACGGAACCAGUUGAGUUUUAUGAUGAUCCUUACAGGCCAGAUGUGUUAAUUGGCAUUAUAAUACGAGUAGUUGUUAGCAAGCGUGCUAAUUCAAUUACAUCUCAAACAGUUCUAGGAGGCGCAAGCACUUCAGCAGCAAUAAACAAACUCUCUAACCGUGCAAAUGAUACGGACACAUUUACUCCGCCUGGUAGCCCGAAACCGAAAAAACACCGCCAAUCAAUCGCAGCACACAAAGUCGAUGAAAUCGAUGUAGAUGCCAUAAUUAAGGCACCUAUAGCAGCAAAGGCACAUAAAGCAGUUAUAUCGCCACCGUUAACAAAAUUGGACGAUAACGAUGCCGAUGAACCUUAUUCACCUGGUGGAAGUUCGGACGAUGACUUGCCAUUACUGCCCGUAAAAGUUCCCAGCAAUAUGGAUCAUAUGCAAGCAGCCGAAGAUGAGUUGAAACGCAAAAUGGAAGAAAUUAAUAGGCAGAUUGCUGCACAAGAAAUGGAAAUUGCCGGUCUUUUAACUGGAGAGCCGACGGGCUUUGGUUCAGCUUCUACAUCAUCUUCAAACGUACUAGCUAAUAUAUCAAUACCCUCAAAUCUGUCUCAAAUUCUUGCUAGUAUUAAAACAAGUGGAAAAGAUCAAUCGGUAAUUCCACCUCCACCGCCGUUAAUAGGUUCACUAUUGAAGACAUCCUCAGCGUCUGCGACUACAUUCGCCGUAGAGGAAGAAUAUAAUCCCGCAGAAGGUACUGGGUCAACAUAUGAAACAAAAAAUACAGCCACAGGAUCAAAUACAAAUUCAACUAGCCUUUUGGCAAAACUAAGUGAAGCAGAGCUUCUUAGUAUGGUACCGGACGACAUUGUCAUAACCCCUAAUAAACCAACAACACGCUAUGAGGAACCACCACCACCUGGAGUUUAGGAUUACCGUCAUUUUAAUUCAUUUUUGCACCAUAUACUAUACACAUUCAUUUUCCAUAUGAAUUUCAUUGAUUUGAUUUUGAUUUCGUUUUUACCGUAGCAAUCAUAGUUUUAGGAAACGACCACUCAAAGCUUUUUCGAUGUUAUUUUACUGUUUGAAUAUUUUUUAAAUUUAUUCAGAGAUUUAAUACAAAAAACAAAGGUUUAAAUUACACUUACUAUCAAGUAAGCCAAAGGCUUAAGUAAUUAUAUAUAGUUUAUAUGAAUCGGAUAUUUUGUUGUUUAAAUACGUUUAAUUAAUAUAUUAAUAUGAAUUUAGGAUUUAUUGAAUUUAUUGAACCUUUUUGUUUUAUUUUUUUCUUUUAACUUUUCUUUUGCAAGCUUACAUUACUUGUUGUAUAUUUUUUCAUGUGAAUAAGAAUUUUACAAUUAAUCUUUGGUUUUCUUCUGUUUAAUUUACUUUUUAAUAAAAUUGUAAAAAUUACUACAAACAAAACAUUUACCUUAAUAAAAAAAAAUUAGUUUUAUGUGGAUAACAGUUCAUCCAAUUAUAUGAAUGUAAUAAACGUAAUUUUGAAUUAUA